UGUUCUCUUCCUCCGCGGUCUAGUAGUGUGACUGCUGUCCCGUGGCUGCUUCGAACGCGUGGUGCUUGCGUCGGGGACUCGCUGAAAGCUCCGCGGCGGCGCGCCCGCAGGUGUCGCGAGCCGAGCCCUGCCCGGCCACUCCAUGCCGGCCUGGAGGCUGCUGACGCCGGCCGGCGCCCAGGUGCUGGGCUGUGGCGCCAGAGGCCUAGGUGCUGCCCCGGGCUUAGGGAGUAGAACGAACACCUGGUUCUUUGUUAGAAAUCUCCAAAGCAAGAGCAGUACUUGGUGGGAUGAGCAUCUUUCUGAAGAAAAUGCCUCAUUUGUGAAGCAAUUGGUCUUUGAUGAAAAUAAAGCCCAAUUAGCAAGUAAACUGAAUCCCCUGAAAGAUGAACCGUGGCCUUUACAUCCUUGGGAACCAGGUUCUUCCAGAGUCGGUCUUAUCGCCCUCAAGCUCGGCAUGAUGCCUUUAUGGACCAAAGAUGGUCAAAAGCAUGCAGUCACAUUACUUCAGGUACAAGAUUGUCAUGUGGUAAAAUACACUCCCAAAGAAAACUAUAAUGGAAAAACAGCAGCCCUAACUGUGGGUGGGAAAACUGUAUCACGCUUCUAUAAACCUGAUUCUAUAUUGGAAUUUUACCGAGAACUUGGAUUGCCACCAAAACAGACAAUUAAAAUCUUUCGUGUAACAGAUAAUGCUGUAAUUAAGCCAGGAACCCCUCUUUAUGCGGCUCACUUUCGUCCUGGACAGUAUGUGGAUGUCACCGCCAAAACUAUUGGUAAAGGUUUUCAGGGUGUCAUGAAAAGAUGGGGAUUUAAAGGCCAGCCUGCUUCUCACGGUCAAACGAAGACCCACAGGAGACCUGGAGCUAUUUCAACUGGAGAUGUUGCCAGAGUCUGGCCUGGAACCAAAAUGCCUGGGCAGAUGGGAAACCAGAGCAGGACAGUGUAUGGACUGAAAGUGUGGAGAGUGAACACCAAACACAACAUAAUCUACGUGAAUGGCUCUGUGCCUGGACACAAGAACUGCUUAGUAAAGAAAUAGAUGAGUCCUGCUUUAGGCAAAAGAACCGGAAGUGCUGAGGUGGGAGUCAUGGUCCAGAGAGGUGACUAGGGCCAGCGGUCUCAGUGCCAGCACCACUCUGCCACACCCGCCUCCCCAAGCACCUGCUGUCCUUUUCAAAAUUACAAAGAGAGGAAGAAAGUAAAUAUAACUGACAUGUUGACCAGAUAGAUUGAAGUAGAGCCUGGGAGCUUCCAAAGACUCGUUUCUAUCCAGUAAAACUCACGAUGCAGACUCUGCUGAGCCAUGGUGAUGCAGGGUAGAAGCUGACUCUGUUGAGCUAUGCUGAUGCAGGGUAGAAACUGACUCUGCUGAGCCGUGGUGAUGCAGGGUAGAAGCUGACUCUGUUGAGCUAUGCUGAUGCAGGGUAGAAACUGACUCUGCUGAGCCGUGGUGAUGCAGGGUAGAAGCUGACUCUGUUGAGCUAUGCUGAUGCAGGGUAGAAGCUGACUCUGCUGAGCUGUGGUGAUGCAGGGUAGAAGCUGACUCUGUUGAGCUAUGCUGAUGCAGAGUAGAAGCUGACUCUGCUGAGCCGUGGUGAUGCAGAGUAGAAGCUGACUCUGUUGAGCUGUGGUGAUGCAGGGUAGAAGCUGACUCUGCUGAGCCAUGGUGAUGCAGGGUAGAAGCUGACUCUGCUGAGCCAUGCUGAUGCAGGGUAGAAGCUGACUCUGCUGAGCCAUGGUGAUGCAGGGUAGAAGCUGACUGCUGAGCCAUGGUGAUGCAGGGUAGAAGCUGACUCUGCUGAGCUGUGGUGAUGCAGGGUAGAAGCUGACUCUGCUGAGCUGUGGUGAAGCUGCAAUUUCUGAGUGUGAGAAGGUUCGUAGUUGAAGUGACUCCAGCUCCAUAGAACGUGGUCAUUGAUUUUCAACAAAAACAAACAGAAAUCUCAGUUUAACUGUUGCAUUAUAUAUUCACUCACACUGGAAAAAUCGUCAAUGCUUUUGUUAUUGGAAACCCUCAGGUACAGCAGAUAUGUAAAAGUGUAAGUGUAACUGAGUGGACCCUUUGUGACAAUUUUUUAUCAAAUUAGCACAUAGGUUUCUUAUUGAGUGUUUUCCUGAUGAAGGCUGAGUCUAAGAUUGGUGAAUUGGAAAAAACUGAACAUGAUAGCAUCCUCCGGGCAACGUCCUGAUCAUUUCUUGAAACAAUUGUAAUGAGGGGAUUUAAAAUAGAACUGUUUUUAUACACUUAGUUGUUCCUAGCAGCUGUCGUUUGACUAAAUUAUUCAUUGCUCAUUGCUAAAAUGAAUAUGCCCUAUUUUACUGUGUACAUAGUGUAUUUUCCCUCUCCAAAUGAGGGCUACGGAAGCUUUGAGAAACUCAGUAAUAUCCAAAACUAAAAUAGAGGAUUUUAGAUCAUAUCAGUAUCUCUGCUAAAAUGUAUUAGCUGUGAAUCCAGACAUAAUUUGAAGUAUUUUAGGCCAUAAAGUGUUCUGAGAGCUACUGUAAAUGCUUAUGGCUUUCUUUGUGUUGAUGUUAUCCUUGUCUUUAACUUCUCAGUAAAAAUGCUCCUUGCCAAAGUGAGCUAAUUCCUUUAAUAAAAGUGAUGUUUUCGUUUUGU